AUGUCCGUAACUCUGCAUACUACUCUCGGCGAUCUCAAGAUUGAGGUCUUCUGCGAGAGCGUCCCCAAGACAGCAGAGAACUUUCUCGCCCUCUGCGCCUCCGGCUACUACGACGAGUCGCCCUUCCACCGCCUCAUCCCGGGCUUCAUGGUGCAGACCGGCGCCCCGGCGCACCCGGACCCGCCCGCGAACCCCAAGGGCGGCCGGUCCAUCUGGGGCGGCGCCUUCGCCGACGAGGUGCGCCCGGCGCUCAAGCACGGCGGGCGCGGCGUCGUGUCCAUGGCCAACAAGGGGCCCGGCACCAACGGCUCGCAGUUCUUCGUGCUGUUCGACAAGGCGCCGCACCUGGACGGCCUCAACACCAUCUUCGGCAAGGUCAUCGGCGACGACAGCCUCGCGACGCUGGCCAAGAUCGAGGCGCUCGAGGUCGACAAGAAGAACCGCCCCCGGGCGCCCCCCAGGAUAGAGCGCGUUACGGUGCAUGCGAACCCGCUGGCUGGUUGA